AUGAAUUUUAGAAAUCGAGUUUUUAGAAUCAAGAUCUCAUCAAUUAUUACUCCAUAAUUGUAACUAUUUUGAAUAUAUUCAAGAGUUGAGAAAGUUGCUGACUCCUUGGACAAAUGGACAAUUUACAAACCUGAAUUUGUUGCUUUGAUAAUUAAUUCCUUAGGAGGAUCUCUUAUUUAAACUUAGAAUCUAGCAAAUAUAAUAAAAAAGUAUAGUCAAACUAAUAAGUAAUCUCUCUUUUAGAUUAGUGUUCCGAUUUACUGUUUUGGAGAGGAUAUUGUAAUUAAGAGUGCUUUGGGAUUAUUAACUAUUGGUGAUAAGGCUUAUGUGAGUUAAUAAAAUUAAAAUUAUAGAUCCCUAUGCCAUUGUUGGAAAUAUGGGAUAUGCACAACCUUUUUUUGAUUUAAGAAAUUUCGCCUCAAAUUGGUUGAUCAAAUAGAAACAUGUUGCUACAAAUGAUAACAUGAAAAUUCUAAAUCCUUUGAGUGAGUUAGCUGAAAAGGAUAAAGAAUGGGUAGAAUAAUAAAUGAAAAAUUAAGAGGAAGAAUUAAUAAACAUGAUUGAAACUAAUAGGAAAUUAGAUAAUUCUAAAUACGAGGAUAGAUAGAAUGAAAUAUAUCGAAAUGGGAUAAUAGCCCCAAAUUUAUUAUUAAAACAUGGCAUAAUUGAUGGUUAUACAAGUCUUGAUAAUAUGCUAUAAGGCAAGAAAAUCCGUAAAUUAGUUUGA